AUGUGUGGAGAAUGUGGAUUAACAGUCAAGGAUAGCGAGAAAGCAGCUAGCUGUGAUGUUUGUGAAGUGUGGUUCCACAUCGAAUGUGAAAAAUUACCAGAAGAGGUGGAACAAAUGACCAGUCAAAAUGAAUUGGAAGGCAAAGUAAAUCAACUGAGAGAAUUUACAGAACAAGAACAUGAUAAGAAUAAGGAGAUAGAAGUCAGGAUGGGUAUAUUGGAGGCAAAAUCUAUUGAAAUAAAUGAUGUGUUGGAAACAAAUCCGAAGAAUGACAGGGGUUUUGAAAACAGACUGGAAACCUUGGAGGCUAGAACAGUGGGUUUAGAAGGGAAAGUAGAUUCUGGCAGGGUAACAGGUAGUGCCACUAAAGUGAAGCAGGAAGACAACACAGGGAAACCAGAGCCUGUUGGUGAACAUAUAGAGGCACUAAAUGAGAGAAAGAAGAGGGAAAACAACAUAGUGGUAUAUGGUGUGCCAGAAUCUGGAUCCCCAACAAUGAGCGAAAGGAUUGAGAGUGAUAAAUCUUAUGCACUGAACCUAAUAAAAGAAUGUGGCAUCACUAGUGGCCAGGAGAUAAUAAUUAAAGUGAUUAGGCUGGGUAAAUUUAUCCAGGGAAAAGCUAGACCUAUGCUAGUCAAGUUAUCUACUGCAGAUAUAAAGGCCAACCUAUUUAGAAACAUCAGGAACCUGCAAGACAAGUUAAUAGAGUUAAAUGCACAGUUGAAGGAGAUGGAAAAUACUCUGCAAGUAAUAGCCUUACAGGAGGUAAAGCCAAAACACUACAGAUAUGAAUGGAUUACAGCUGAAUAUAACCUAGAAGGUUAUGACAUUAGAGAGCAAAAUCUCCUUAAUAAGGAAGGGAGAGGUGAUUUUAAUCUUCCACAAAUAAAUUGGAGUAAUUAUACUUCUGUAAUGGGACUGAAUGAUGUUGGUACCAUGUUCAUCGAGAAAGUACGGGACUGCUUUCUCACUCAACAUAUAGAGGAAAUCACCAGGAUAAGAGGAGACAGCACAGGCAAUACCCUUGACCUGUUGUUCAGUAACGAAGAAUCUAUAGUAGGAGAUAUCAAGCUGGAGAGUCCACUGGGAAAGAGUGACCAUGCCUGUAUUUAUUUCCAUUGUGACUUACAAGAGAUGGAAGACAAAAGUAAAAAACAAGUGUACAUGUAUGAAAAAGCAGAUUACCUACUGAUGAAGCAAAGGCUUACGAUGGACUGGAUCCAAUACUUAUCAUUGGAACCAGAUAUUGAAAGUAAGUGGAAUAAGUUCAAAGGAAAAUUCCAGGCAGUCAUUGACGAGUGUGUCCCUAAGAAGAUAAUCAGAGGACUGAGGGUUAGCAGAAAAAGAACAAAUGAAAAAUUACCCAUGAACAAGAAGCUCUGGGCUAAAGUGAAGAAAAAACAGAGACUGUGGGAGAGACUGAAAAUAAUGAAAACGAAGUUCAAUGAAAGAGCAUGCACAAGGGAGAUGUAUCUGGAAACUGAAAAGGAAUACAGGAGAUUAAAUAACCAGGUCAGAUGGGAAACUAGAAACAUCUUGAAACGGAAAGAACAAGAGAUUGCGAAGAAGGUUAAGGCAAAUCCAAAAGUGUUCUGGAAGUAUGUACAGACAAAAACAAGAACAAAAGCUAGAAUUGCAGAUCUUUACAAGGAUGAGGAAAAAGUACAGAAGACUGUGAAUGAUCAAGAAAAGGCAGAUGUACUCUCAGAGCAAUUCUCACGAGUUUUUAUCAAGGAACCAGAUAGGGGGAUACCAACAGCCAACAAGAAAGACGUGCCAGCUCUUGAACACCUGGAGAUAACCGAGGGCAAAAUAAGAAAGGUGAUUCAAAAAUUGAAAAGACAUAAGUCUCCCGGUCCAGAUGGGUUACAUCCAAGAGUCAUUAAGGAGAUGAUGGAGGAACUACUUCAGCCUCUGAGGAUCUUGUUUGAAAGCUCUUUUCAAGAAGGAAAUAUACCCGAGGACUGGCGUAUUGCAUAUAUCACAGCUAUCUAUAAGAAGGGAAGUAAAAGUGAACCAGGAAACUACAGGCCAGUCAGUCUAACUAGUGUAAUCUGCAAAUUAAUGGAGUCAAUAUUACGGGAAGAGAUGAUAUCCCAUAUGAAAAAAUAUGGAUUGUUUAGUAAUAAACAGUUUGGCUUCAUUUCCGGCAGGUCAACAGUCCUACAGUUGAUUAGGGUACUAGACAGGUGGACGGAAAUUAUCGAUGACAGUCAGGCUGUGGACAUAGUGUAUUGUGACUUCAUGAAGGCUUUUGAUAGAGUACCCCACAAAAGACUAUUAGAAAAAGUAUCUAGUUAUCGCAUUGAUGGAAAAUAUCUUGAUUGGAUAAGGAAUUUUUUAACUAAGAGAAAACAGAGGGUUGUGGUAAAUGGAGAAGUAUCUGACUGGAGAGAGGUCACUAGUGGGGUCCCUCAGGGUUCUGUCCUCAGCCCCCUGCUGUUUGUCCCUUUUAUCAAUGACCUGCCUGAGGCAAUUAAACACGACAGUGAGGUAUAUCUAUAUGCUGAUGACACAAAGAUUUUUAGGAAAAUAGAACGAGAUGAGGAUUGUGACAUGCUGCAGGAGGACCUGGAUGGGAUCAGGGGUUGGACUGAGAAGUGGAUGCUGAACUUUCACCCAGAAAAAAGUAAAUACAUGAGGAUAGGAAGAACAAAAGUUGCUGACCAUGGAUAUCAUAUGUACUCUCACAAAGAGGAACUAUCAAAAGAAGGGCUUACUUAA